GAAAAAUACGUCUGGACCUUCUGCAAUACGGAAUGGUCUCUCCAAGUCCAAUCAAAAAAGACUGCAACUACAUCCACUACUGUAAUAAUAAGAUGAGGCUAAACUGCACUCUCUGAAAACAUAGAAAAAUUAACCAUUCUGGAUGAGAUAAGAUUCACCAGCUUCUGACUCGUGGCACCUCCAUUCUGGCUUCUUAAUGAAUUUAAAAAGAAGAAAUGAAAAAGACACUUAGCUCCAAUUUCUUAUCUUUCAUGUGGCCAUUAAACUUUGUAAUAUCAACAGCCACAUAAUCCAAUGGUCACCAUUCAUCUAAGAUGAGGUUUGCUUGUUUCAAUCCGUUAGAUAGAGAAUAUGUCUAAUCUUUUCAUUAUAUAAAGGACGGGAGCCACAGUGCAAUGAGCAUCUUCAAAAAAACAAUUGUCUCAAGGAAAAAUAAAACUAAGUAGUAACGCAAUGGCUUCCUCAGUGAUCUCUUCGGCAGCCGUUGCUACCCGCACCAAUGUCACUCAGGCUAGCAUGGUUGCACCCUUCACUGGCCUAAAAUCUGCUGCAUCUUUCCCAGUUACUAGGAAGAACAACCUUGACAUUACUUCCAUUGCUAGCAACGGUGGACGUGUCCAAUGCAUGCUGGUGUGGCCACCAAUUAACAAGAAGAAGUACGAGACUCUCUCAUACCUUCCUGAUUUGUCUGACGAGCAAUUGCUCAAGGAAAUUGAGUACCUUUUGCAAAAGGGAUGGGUUCCUUGCUUGGAAUUCGAGACUGAGCACGGAUUCGUGUACCGUGAGCACCACAGGUCACCAGGAUACUACGAUGGAAGGUACUGGACAAUGUGGAAGUUGCCCAUGUUUGGGUGCACUGACGCUACCCAGGUGUUGAAUGAGGUCCAAGAGGCCAAGAAGGCUUACCCACAGGCCUGGAUCCGUAUUAUCGGAUUCGAUAACGUUCGUCAAGUGCAGUGCAUCAGUUUCAUCGCCUACAAGCCAGAAGGCUACUGAAUUUCACCCUUAUGGCCAGCCAACAUAUAAUUACUCCUCCUAUGGAGAUGUUUGUUUGAUUUGUACCUAGUCUUUUUUUACCCCUUUCAGAAACUACUGUUUUUUCCUUUGUUUCUUUUUCCUCUUGUACCUGUGUAUUUUCCUCCAUUCCAACCAAGUUAUGAGAAUUUAAUAAUGAUGAAUCGGUGCUUAUAUGUUGA